GUAUUCCUCUGUUGUCCGAACAAUACGGGUUCAUGGUUCCACAGAACCAAUCGUUGGGUUUCAACCUCCUUUAUUGGUUUCGCGGAUUCCCUCAUCGUGACCUCAUUUCUGGAUCAUCCCAGACAAAAAUAUGGUAGGAAUUGUAUAUCCGUUUAGUGAGGCGGCGGGGGUUUUUUAGUUUAUAUGGUGCUUCUCGCUUUAGCUUCGGGUAUAUUUCUAGAGUUUGGAUUUGAAUCUGCUUCGAUACCACUAGGUAGAGAGGGCAACUAUGACUGAUUCCGCCAAGGAUAGUCUAGAUGUGAACACCAAGCCUAGUGAUACUACCCCCGUGAAGCGCAAACCGCCGAAACUAAGACGCAAACCGCCGGCUGCUGAGGAGUCACCUACUGAGAAGAAAGCUGCGCCUGUUGAGGAGACGUCUAGUGUUGAGAAACCCCCGACCAAGGAGUCAGAUUUGGAUCAGAAGAAGCCUCCCGAGGAGUCUGGCGCUGAGAAACCUGCGGAGGCACCCCGCAGUGGGAAACAACCUGCUACCAGCGAGGAACUCCCGCCCAUCGAAAAGCUUUCUAUCUCGGACGAAUCGCCCUCUUCUGAGAAGCCCGAAGAGUCACCUCCAGUUGGGAACUCAUCCCCACCCCAGGAACCACCGACCGAGGAGCCGUCAAGCCCCGAAGAACAGCUCCUCUCUCCGGAACCCGCUGCAAACGAGACACCCCGGCCCACCGAAGAAGCACCUCCACCAGAAGAGCCCCCGGAACAUUCGCACUUAGCAACGCCAUUAAACCAACCCGACUCCCCCGCAGAACCCGACCCAAUGGCCGACGACGCCAAGUCCGCCUCCUCAAUGGACGAGCUCAGCGCGCCGAGCUCCCCGCAACCCGAGCCCGAACACCAACCGGAACCCCAACCCCAACCCCAACGCCAGCGCCAACGCCAGCAACGCCGACAACGCCCCGUGGCCACCCCGCCGCCCCGCGACCCCUCCACCGCAUCGAGCUACCGCCAACAACGCCGUCGCGGCCAGCGCAACGCCGGAAACCAGGACCUGCUCCCGCUGGGCUCGCUGGGCGACACCGGCAACCUGACGCGGGGCGCGGGUGAACUCGUCCAGAACACCGCGGGCAAGGCCGUCAGCACGGUGGGCAACACGGCCGGGAAGGCGGUGGGCGGGGUGCUCGGGGGUGGUGGCCAGCAGCAGCAGGUGCAGGGCCAGGGCCAGGAGAAAGGGGGUGGGGGUAAGGAGGAGCAGCUGCGGUUGCGGCUGGAUUUGAAUCUCGAUGUCGAGGUGCAGCUUAAGGCGAAGAUUCAUGGGGAUUUGACGUUGCAGCUUCUGUGA